GGGCAUCAGGUGGAAACCAAACUUCAUUCCAAACUGAGCUUGCCAUCCUAUUGGGAGAUAAAUGAAUGCUUCUGUUUUGAUUUUUACUCAGGCAGGAGGGAGUGAGGAAAUUAGGUUUGAAGGGAGGGAAGAUAUAGCUUAGAGAGGCAAAAAGAUGAGGGAAAGGUUAAGCAGGAAGGAACUUGAGACUAGAUUCAUUUAAAUAUUCGUUACUCCCACCCCACCCCCUUCUACAGCCUCUUUGAUUCCUGGAGAGCAUUACACAUAAGUCCCAUCCCAGGCCUCCAGCCACAGCAACCACACAACUCAUUUCCCCUGGAACUGAGGCUACUUACCUGGGCUCCCCACGGAGGGAGAUGAUGCAGGGAGGGGAAUCCCACCUGCUGUGAGUCACCUGCUAGUAUAAAGGGCGGGUCUUACAAUGCAGGGAGCUUAAAAAGAGACUCAGAGACAAGGGGAGAAAAUCUACAGGAAGCAGCUCAGAAACUCGGUGAACGACAGAGGGAACCAAAUCAGAGACGCACAGAACAGAGAGAAUCAGGCUCAGAGCAAGGGGAAGUGGACAGAGAUUCCACAGGGACUGCAAGGCACAGAGCCAGCCAGAUCUGAGAAGCAGGCAACGAGAUGCUGGGGAGCAGAGCUGUGCUGCUGCUGCUGCUGCCCUGGAUUGCUUGGGGCCGGGCUGUGCCUGAGGGCAGCAGCCCUGCUUGGGCUCGGGGCCAGCAGCUCUCACAGCAGCUCUGCAUGCUGGCCUGGAGUGCACAUCAACCAAUGGGACAUGUGGAUCUACCAAGAGAAGAAGAUGAUGAGACUACAAAUCAUGUGCCCCAUAUCCAGUGUGGGGAUGGCUGUGAUCCACACGGACUCAGGGACAACAGUCAGUCCUGCUUGCAAAGGAUCCACCAAGGCCUGGUUUUUUACGAAAAGCUGCUGGGCUCAGAUAUUUUCACAGGGGAGCCUUCCCUACUCCCCGAAGGCCCUGUGGGCCAGCUUCAUGCCUCCCUACUGGGCCUCAGGGAACUCUUGCAGCACGAGGGUCACCACUGGGAGAUUGAACAGACUCCAAGCCCCAGUCCCAGCCAGCCGUGGCAGCGCCUCCUUCUCCGCCUCAAGAUCCUUCGCAGCCUCCAGGCCUUUGUGGCUGUAGCUGCCAGGGUCUUUGCCCAUGGAGCAGCAACUCUGAGCCCCUAAGCCAGCAGCUUAAGGAUGGCACCCAGACCUCCACGGCUCAGCAAUGCUAAGAUGAAUUUAUCAGCCUAGACACCUGUGAGCCAACAAGUUAAUCAGUCCAUUAAUUUUAACAGGACUUGCUCUGUUGAAAAAUUACCAAUACUGACUGACUUAUGAUGCUGACCUAGAACAGGUUGAAUAUUUACUACAUGGGAAGGGAAAUUUUGGGAUUAUUUAUCGUCGUGGCAGCAGUUUGGGGAGGAGGAUUAUUUAUUAUAUUUAUACUGAAUUAUGCACUUUUUUUCAAUAAAGACUUAUUUAUGUG